AAGAAAAAAGAAAUCAAACUUCCAUUUUCAAGGGAACCGCGACGCGAAGACUAGCUGGAGUAGCCAUCUGCACGUGGAUUGAUUUUCCUCACCGGCCUCAUUUCAUUUUCAUCGUUCAGACUCAUUUUCUACACAUCAUGGUUGAAGAAGAAUACUUUUGGGGUGUCCAGCUCGACUCCAAGACCAAGGAAAUUGAAUGGAAUCCAGAGAAAAACUUUCCCAAGGAGGAGAAAGAAGAUGGUAUGCCCAUACCCCGCCACAGCCUUAUGAUCAAGCAGGCCAUUCUCAGCCAUGAGGCAGCGGAAGGGGAGAUGGCUGUGAUUGAAGCUGAGGCAGUCGGUUAUGCGCAGUCAAACAUCAAAACACUCAUUAGUGUUUUGGUUCAAGGCAAAGACCAUCAACGUUCUUUAGACCUAGUGUUCCAUGAUGCCCCUGUUAAAUUGAGGCUAAUCAAAGGGUCUGGGCCUGUUCACUUAGUUGGUGCGCAUGGUGUUGCAUAUCGCUAUAUGGGUGAGGAUGACAGUUCAGAUGAUGAAGAUGGCAUGGGAGAAGAAAUGGAUGAUGAAGAUGAUGAAGAAGAAGUCGACGUUAAACCUCCCAACAAGAAAAUAAAGAAAGAAGAAACUCCCGCUAAGGGAAGUCCAUCAAAACGAGGGGGCAAGAAAUAGCGGGAAAUUCGAUCAAGCAAGCAUAAAAGGGUGCUUCAAAGCGAGAAUCUGCUGGAUUGCUCAAUGAUAUACCAAACGUCAUCUUUUCGAAGGAAUAGAGCGGCCAGUAGUUUGCUUUUAAGUAAAACAAAUAGCUUUAGAUCCAAUUUUCCAAGUUUUCUUGUGUUCUUUUUCUUUGUUUUAAAAAAUGAUGUCGAGCUUUUUCUCGUGGUUUGUGAGGUUGAGUGAAUCGCUCCGGGCCUAACGUGCUGCUCGGACGCUAUGAAUGAGACAAAUACAAAUGGUUCUUUGUCUUCAUUGAA